AUGUCCACUUCGCCAAGAAUAUUCGUAACAGGCGUCUCUGGCUAUGUCGGCGGCCACACAGUCACGCGCAUGGUUGAAAAACAUCCAGAAUGGACCAUCGCUGCUCUUGUAAGGAACAAAGAACAAAGUGAUAUCGUCCAAGCUCGCUGGCUAGAAAUCGAGACCAUCAUCGGUGACUUGGAUGACAAGGAAUUAAUGAUAAAGGAAGGAUCCAAAGCCGAUGUUGUCCUUCAAACUGCGUCUGCAGACCACGUUUCAGGUGUUUUGGCUUUGAUCGAAGGGUUGAGCAAGAGAGAGCCAACUCCGGGGUAUCUCAUCCAUGUUGGCGGCACCGGAAUGCUCAAUGACGUCCCCAAUGGAUUCGGUCAACCCUCGACCAAGGUGUACUCAGAUAUUGCCGACUUGCAAGAAAUCACAUCUCUCCCAGUCGAGAACCACGUUCAUCGGGAUGUGGACAUGGCAAUUUUGGAGGCGCAGAAGAAGUUUUCUGUGCCUACUGCCAUUCUGUCACCACCAAUGAUCCAUGGUGUCGGACAGGGUCCUCUGAAGAAAAGAAGCAUUCAGGUCCCGUUCCUCAUUGAGGCAGUCCUCAAACGUGGCAAGGGAUUCCAAGUGCUUGAUGGAGAGAACAUCUGGGACCAAACACACAUCGAUGAUGUCGCGGCUGCGUUCAUCCUGCUUGUCGAAGAGGCUCUGAAGCCAAACGGCGGAGCCGCUCAGUGGGGACAGGAUGGAUAUUAUUUCGUCGCUGGUGCCCAAUUCAAAUGGGGAGACGUAUCCAGAGCUGUCUCGAAGAUUGCUUUCGACCAAGGCUUGAUCAAAAGCCCAGAUGUUGACAAGCUUUCGGUCGCUGAUGCUUCGGAAUUGCAUCCUUGGGCUCCACUGAUCUGGGGAGGCAAUUGCAGAAGUCGAUCAGACAGAAUUGAGAAGCUCGGGUGGCGAGCCAGGAGACCGCUGUUCCAGGAGAGUCUGCCGGCUAUGAUAGCCGAAGAAGCGACGACUUUGGGAACACAGUCAUCCAAAACUACCUUUGAUAAAUAG